UAAUGUGGGCUUCCACACAUUUAGUAGGUUGUGCUCUUUCUCAAUGUGGAAGAAAUAUUUAUAUGUUUACUUGUCAUUACUAUCCACAAGGUUAUAUUUCGGGUGUGAGACCCUAUUUAGUAGGUAAACCUUGUUCUCUUUGUGCAGAAGAACUCGGAGGUUUUUGCCUUAAUGAUUUGUGUGUUCCCAAGGAUUUAUGUAAAAAAAAGAAUUGGACUUGCGAAUGUCGUUUAAAGUGUUACAACUGUGCCAAACUCAAUUCUUCGAGUUGUAGCUGUUCGUGUUUAGACGGUUGGGAUUAUUUAGAUUGUUCUCGAAAAUGUGAAGAUAGCCAUUCUCUUUGUGGCAAGAAACCUGGAUUUUGGGAACGAUUUCAUUGUUCUAUAGAUGAUAAUGUGGUGGCGAAGGAUUAUUGUAGGAGUAUGUGCGAAACAUGCCGAAAUAUAAAACCUUCAGAAUAUAAGAAUACGUGUUGUGACGGAAAGGAAUGUCCAACAGGUUACGUCUUGGACUUAUCUACUCGUCCUUGUUCCUGUAAAUUAUUAUGCCCAGGACCCGAAUGUUAUAAAGAUACUUCUUCUGCAUACAGACCUAUUACAUGUUUACAAUACAGUUAUUGGUUUGUAAUCAUAAUUUCCAUUUCUUACGUACUUAUCCAAUAAACUUUACAUAAGAAAUCAGUAAAUACAGAUGUACUAAUCAGCUCAUUUAUAUUUCAAAAUUUUAAAUAAUCAUCUUCUGUAUUAAAUAUCAUAUGAUAAUUUUUAAAUACAAUCAAACCUCCGAACAACGGCCACUGACGAGAACGUAAAAAAUUGGCCGUUUUCGGAGGUGGCCGUUGUUUUGGAGUUAUUCUUUUUAUUAAUCUCAAUAGAAACGUUUCUGAAAAUGGCCACCAUUUAGAGGUGCCCGCUACUAGAGGUUUGUCUGUAAUAUAAAACAGUGAUAAAGUCAAAUUUCUCAAUCGUCGGAAAAAGAUAAAUUAAU